AUCGAGCAAGUUCUUCACCCAAAAGGCCAGAACGCCCCCAAAACCAAAACCAUUCCCCUUCCUACACCUCGCCACCUCCCGCACACCUCGUCGCCCUCCUCCUCCGCCGGCGCCGCCGCCGGCGACAAGGCUGCAGUUACUCGAAGGGCUGGCAAUGGAGGGUGCGGCGGUGGAGGACUCGGCGGCGGCGGCGCCCGUUGUGGCGCCGGAGUCCGCUGCCGAGGGAGACCAGCGUGUCGAGGGCGCGGCUGGGGAGGAUUCGGUGGGGCCCGCUGUGGCGCCCGAAGCAUCCGUCGAUUCGGAUCAGCAUAUCGAGGAUGCAGCCACGGAGGACGGGAAGCAUGGAUCUACAGAGGAAAAUUUCGAUGUCUCUCCUGAGGAAAUGAGAUCAGUCAUAGAAAUUAUAGCUGACACGGGAAAGUUCUGGCAUGAUUGGAGCUUUCUCAAGAGAUUGCUGUCUCUCCAAUUGAAGCAGGUCUUGGCUGAAUAUUCUGAGGGUCAAGUGGUGAGCCAAGAGGAUGGGCAGCUACAGAAUUCUUUCUCUGGGGAGACAUACUCCGAGCUUGUCAUCUGGCUCAAUGAUGCUCUCUUGAGGUUCGAAGAAGGUCCUCCAUUUACACUGCAAAGGCUAUGUGAGAUUUUGUUGGAUCCAAAAGGAACAUAUACUAAACUGCCAAAGCUUGCUUUGGCCUUGGAAAAGAACCUCCUGGUCACAUCUACAAUGACCAAGUGCACUGAUCCAUACCCAGCUGCUCAUGUGUCAAAUUUAGAAGCUACAGUAAUGACAGAGAACACCAGCGCUGUUGAAGUAGAACCUGAAAGGCUGCCGGAACAUCCUGCAGCAGUACCGAAUGGAAAUGUAGGAGGUGAUGCUGAUGCAGAAAUGGCUGAUGCGGAGGUUGAGGAGCCAUCGAAUAGCCACGAUGUCGAGAUGCAGGAGGACAAGCCUGACCAGAUUUCAAAUGUUAACCCUGGUGCUACCUCAGAUGCUGCAGUUACUGCAGAAACAGUUGAUGCUAGUGAAAAAUCAUCAGAUCCGCAGACAUGAGCUUACAACAGAGACCAGAAGCCCUAGUGCAUGUCUCAUUAGUAAUCAUUGCCACCCUUGAUUCAGCAACUUAGCUCGAUGCAGAUGGCAGAUUGUGCUAUGUGACGUUAAAGUUUUUGUGGGCCAUGAUAAACAUGGGGUAGGUGAGUAUAACGACCAUUUUAAAUCCUAAAAAAAAAGAAAUGUAUUUUGAGUAGAAAUGGAUGUGAAAAAUUUUCACUGAUUGUCGUUCCGGUUGUCAAAAUAUGUUGUACCCCAAUGUUAGUCAAAGGAGUUGUCGGCUGCCGUUUUGCCCUUGCACUGGUGAAAUUAUGCAUCACAAGAAUGUGAGCUUACUAUUUUUCGUC